AUAAUAAAAAAGACAUAAAAGUGGCUUUGGGUGGCCACUGUAUGAUUAAUUGAAUGUCCCAGGAGGAUCCCGGGAGAGGGAAGGCAAAGAUGGAGGGAGAAAGAAUUGAAGGGAGGAAAAGUAAAGGAGAAUAAAAGAGGAGCGGGAGGGACAGACACCCACACACACCACGCCGAGACAGAAAUGGAUUUUGCAGGAAUGACACUGCUCAGCUGGGCUUCGCAAACACGCCCUCGGCCGCGGGCCAGGCAGCGCCCGGACUAUCAAAGGGUGAAGUUACACGAUUAUCGAAUUUCCCCUCCCUGGAGCCUCUGGAAGUCGUUGCCAGGAACGUCAGGGGGAAAUCCAUCCCUUUGUCUCUCCUUUUCUCCGGUGGACGUGAUUUCGUGUCUCCUCCGCGGGGCCCCUCCGGCAGGAUGCGGAGGGGUGAGGCGCGGGAGGCGGGCAAGCCGCGGGGCGAGGAGAGGCGCUGUGUGCUGGGGGGUCGCCAGGCCGCAAGUGAGCCCUGAACGCAGGGGCCCGGGAGGUGGGGAGGGGAGCCCCAAGCCUGAGCUCAAGGCCACCUCCUCCGAGGCCCGGGCCAGGUGCGCGGGGGCCGACAAGCUCGUGGGCGCCGGCGGGGGGCUCCCCGCGGGCCCGCCCCCCCACGAUCCCCGGCGUCACGGCGCCUCUGCCCCCCUCCCCCCGAGCUCGCCCGCGCCGGGCCCCCCGAGAACAGUCUCGGGCUCCGGGGAGCAGGCAGUUCCACCUCGGGCCGCCAGGCCGCGCGCGCGGGCAGCUUCCAAGCUGCUGGCCAAGCUGCUGCCGCUCGGGAGGCCUGGGCCGCCCCCGCCCUCGCCGGUCUGGAAGUACGUAACUACGGUAAAACACAGUCCCCAGAGUUGCAUCUUGUUGGGCAGAAGAAUGAUAUUGUUGUCGUUAUAUGGAAUUUUAAAUGCUGAGUUGGCAAAGGGGUAGACUGUGCUAAUUAUUUACUUGCUAUCUCCCAGCCCCAAAUGCCCCUUCCAAACUCUGUCCCAUGGUCCUGGAGCUGGUUCUCUACAAACCGUAGGUCCCAGACCCCCUUGGCAGUUGGCCUCGUGUUACGUUUGCCAGUAGGGACAGUUAGUAAGGCCUUGGAAUGCAGAAGGAAGUAAGAAGGGAAUUCCUUCCUAUUUCCCAGCCUCUAGUGGCAGCAGCUGACAACUAUGGCCAUAGCUCUUGUCGCCAGCUUCACUAGAGCCCCUCAGAGGUGCCAGCAACAGCCAGGUGGUGCUCCCUUUGAGAAAUGGAGACCAGACUUCCAUCUUAUCACGUGCCAGCCUGGGCCUCCUCUACAGAGGCCCCAGAUCCACUUCUCUGAGGUCCAAGCACCAGCCACAGGGCCCCCUCUCCUCAGUCGUACAUGCAGCAGCUGCCAGGCCCUGUCAUCUGCACAGUUUGGGGGCCAGAAGUGCAGAGCCAACCCCCCAGAGAUCCUUGAAUUAGUCCCGUGGGGUCUCUCCUCCAAGAACCUAUGUUCUGGAAAACCCGUCACCUCUGCCUCCUGCAGUUAUUUUCUCGGGGUCGCCCAUUGCUCCCUAGUGGUUUUUCUCAGCCCUUCAAUACCUUUACAGCCAAUUCGUGCAUUAACUCCCUUCUGUCGGAAAUAGCUCCUGGGAUGUCUGUUUUCCUGAGUUCUGAUAUGCCUGUGUCCUGUGUGCCUUGGCUACUAGAUCCAGCAGGAUCAGGGACUGACACACAGUGGGCCUUAAGGAAUAUGUGCUAAUCACACUGACGUGAAGAUUACAUUGGUUCUUGAGAGUCAGCCAAAAAUGCAGAUUUAAAUCUAAGCUCUGCCACUCCCCAUUUGGGUGACUCCAGCCUGUACUUUGGAAAGGGAGCAAGGAUUUGCUGAGAACUGUUUUUGUGUCAGGUGCUUCAAAUCGAUCUCAUUUAAUCCUUAUAACAUACCUCAGAAGAAGACAUUCAUCUUACAAAUAAGGAAACAGAGGGUCAGAGCAAUGAGCAGCUUCCCCAGACUGCAUGUGUCAUAAGGGGUGUGCUGUGACUCCAACAUGUGGCAGCCUGGCUCCAGGGACCAGCUGUGUGCAUGUCCCUUAGCUCCUCACUAGCCCCAGCUUCCUUUUUUGCAGACUGAUGAAAUGGAAUUCAUCAUUUGGAUGAAACUAUAUGGAAUGUCAAUAGAUGCAAUUAUAUAAAUACUUUUGAAUCCACUCUUUUGUUUUCCCUUUUUAAAAAUAAAUUACGUGCAGCUUUAGUACUUUGUUAAACUGUAGUAACAAAUUCCAAGCAACACUCCUACUUUUCGGCCUUGCUUUCCCAUGCCUUUCCUUUUUGACCUCCUGUUCAGUCUGAGUUGCACUGGCCGACUUGCCUCCUAGCUUGUUGCCCUCAGAUCCCCAAGCUGCCUGCAGCAUGGUUACCUUUGGAUGCCCAGGGCACAGGCUGUUCUGCCUCUGCAAAGAGCAACUGGGCUGGGUCCAGGCUACAGGCUCCUGCUCAUGAGUGUGUUGGAUGCAGUGUCUGGACCCAUAACCAUCCAGCAGGCACUAGCGACCUGUCAGUUAUCUGGAAUGGUGAGGCAGACAUGUUAGCAGUGGGUUCCAGGAGACCUUUCCACCACUCCAGCCAGGAAGAACAGCUGGCCAAGAGUCUCAACUCUUUUAUUCCAAAUCCCAGUCGCUGGGCACUAAUGGCAGUGGCCCAGGGACAGGCGUCUUCUCAGAGCAGCCCUGGCUUUGUCAUUUAUCUCUUUGUUGUCUACCCAAUCAAUCUCUUAAAAACCUACAGAUUAUACAAAGCCACAGUAAUCAAGACAGUUUGGUAAUGGCAUAAGAACAGACUCAUAGACCAAUGGAAUAGACUGGAGAGCCCAGAUAUAAACCCAAGCAU